AUGGGUUCAUCAACACAUUCGACACCCCAAGGCAGACGCCACUCUAGUCGCCUUCACUCUACCAACGCUGGACCGACAGUCUCCAGCUCCCCAUGUACUACACCCAAAGUAGUGGUCACGAAGUCGCCGCCGAAUUGGAAUUUUGCCGUACCUGUUUCCAAGGACAUGGUCAUGGAGGACAUGCGCCAGACCCGUUCAAAGCCACGAGUGACCUACGAGAUAUCGUCUGAUUCGGAAGGCUCUGGAGAAUCUCUGGGGGAUGGAUCUUCUUUUUCUAGUCCUGAGAAACCGCCUUUGGUCAUCAUCGACGAGCAAGAUGACAGUGAGCAUUCUGAGAGUCCACCUCCUCCGGCUAUGAAAUUACGAGAAUCGGCCGCUGGACAUAACUUGCGCCAGCCAGGCGUGCUUCAGCAACCCCGCCAUGUCUUGGAGAAUGGCGAUCGGCGCCCUCGCAGAAAGGCCAAGAGAUCAAAGACGACAGGACAGAGCAAUAAACUAACAACUAAGAAUUAUGAUGUGACUGCGCAAACGGAACGGUCCCAUAUCAGGCAGCAUAUUUCUUCCGUGACUACCCGUGACCGAGCCAAUUUCUUCAUGUCAAAGGCAAACGUAUUUCUUCCUCUGCUCCCUCAGGACAAUUUCAUCAAGCGUCUUCUUGAAAAAGCACCAAAGACAAGUGAACCAAGCAGUCAUAUUUCUGUACCAUAUCAAGUGAUCAACAAGCAGCCGACUGGAGUGAAAGCGACUAUGAAACCCUACCAGCUUCUAGGGCUAUCUUUCCUAGUCUAUCUCUAUCGUAAUGGUGUUGGAGGAGUGUUAGGUGAUGAAAUGGGUCUGGGGAAGACCCUGCAGACGCUAGCUCUCUUUUCGUACUUGAAAGAGCAUACACAGCAGUCUCAAUCAGGCCAAUCUAGGCCAUCUCUUGUCGUUUGCCCCUUAAGCGUUUUGAAUUCGUGGAUCUCUGAAGCAAGAAAAUGGACACCUGAUAUGAAGGUAUUAAGGUUUCACGGCCCUCGCCAUGAACGAGAUCGUCUCAAGAAGGUAGCCACUGGAGGAUUCUAUUCUCAGGGCAAGCCCCGCACGCAAACAGCAUUCGACCGGACUGCGAAACGUCGACCGAUCAUUGACCUCGAAUCUGAGGAUGAGCUUGCAUCUUCUACGAACGGUGGGCCUGAUUUGAUCGUUACAACCUACGAAGGCUUUCUUGCCGAGGAAGGCUGGUUCAAGAGAGCGUUCGUAUGGAAAUAUGUCGUUCUAGACGAGGGCCACAAAAUCAAAAAUGAUGUCAGUCUGAUCUCGAAAGCACUGCAAGGUCUGGGAGCAGAAUACCGAUUGAUUUUGACCGGAACACCCUUGCAAAACAAUCUUCUGGAAUUGUGGGCAUUGCUUCAUUGGCUUUAUCCUGAAGUCUUCACCGAGAAAACUCAGGAAUUGUUCAAGAAGUCAUUCAAUCUUUCUCAGGGUCGAGUAUCCACCAAAGCGAUGGAUGAUUCAAGACGGCUAUUAGAAGAAGUCAUGUUGAGACGUAUGAAGGAUAGCCCUGGUGUGGAUCUCAAUCUUCCAAAGAAAACUUCCGUUCUACUUUACUGUCCACUGACCCCGCUCCAAGAGUUUUGGUAUAUGAGACUCUUGACUCGAACAGACAAGGGGCUUCUUGACGAGCUUUUCAAAGGGGGUCAAAACAUAGAAAGCAAAGACGAGCCUGUCACUUCUACUCUAGAAGUAGAAAAAUCGUUUCUAGAACCCAUCUCCGGAGAUCAGACAGCUGCCCCUUGGGAUGAGUCCAAAGAAAUGAUGAAGCAGGCUGUUGUACGAGAGCAGCAGGAAGAAUCCAAAAGUCCAGCUUGGCGAAAAUUGAUGAACCUGCUCAUGCAGCUCAGAAAGUGUUGCAAUCAUCCGUACGUCCUUCCCAACGCCGAGCCUGACCCAUAUACGCCAGGCGAGCAUGUGAUCCAUGCGUCGGGAAAAUUUGUAGUCCUUGAGAAAAUGCUUGACCAGCUUGUCAUCAAGCAAAAGCGAAAGAUCAUCAUCUUUUCUGGCUUUACAGCCAUGCUUAAUUGCGUAGAAGAUCUACUUGCUCUUCGGGGCGGUACCGGCGAGAUUUUCAGAUACGCCAGACUGGAUGGGGGUACUUCGCGAGCCAGGAGGAAUCUCAGUAUCCGGAUGUUCAACUCUGAUGAGACCAAUUAUCGUGUGUUCCUCAUCUCUACCCGGGCCGGUGGACUUGGAAUCAAUCUGGCUGCGGCGUCUGAUGUGAUUAUGCUCGAUCAAGACUUCAACCCUCAGAUAACACUUCAAGCCGAAGCAAGAGCUCACCGUAUUGGACAAACCAAGCCUGUUACAGUCUACAAACUAUGUACUCAAGGCACAGUAGAAGAACAAAUGCUGGGCAGGAUACAGAAAAAACUUUAUCUAUCUACGAAAGUAAUGGAGUCAAUGCGGAACAUUCAUACGACUUGGAAGACUGACGGAGGCUUUGAUGAACUCUCGGCCGAGCCAGACACUAGCAUGCCACACUUGCAAACAGAACAAUUGAUGUCAUUGGUGAGACGUGGUGCUCAGGCUCUGGCACGUCCACAAUUAAAGGUGGACGAAAUGUUGAGCUGGGACUUUGAAACAAUGCUCGAAAAUUGUAAGGAUAAGCCAGCUGACUAUUUAGUUGCCCAGCAAACCAACGUCGAGUACAAGAAGGAAGACGAAGAGAAGUGGCUAUCGCAGAUCGAGCAUGUGCAGUCACGCGUGUUCAAUGGCAGAAAGCAUAAAUCCAACCAAAGCACAGCGGAGAUUGCCCAGGAAUGGAAGAGAGAGGAACGAAGAAAGGGUAAACAUACUACGGUUAUGGUUGGUGGGUACGCAAUAUCUAAGGAGAGCAUGAGCUGCGGGGAUUGGGAGGCUGUUCCUACUUUGGCAGGCAAAGAUCCUCGACUUGCAGAGCCAAAGCGUGCGAAGAAAGCCGAAGUCGUCAAUCAAAUUGCAAAGAUCAAUUUUGCUUGCCCCCAGCAUCAGUGCGCAGACUGUGAGCAAAAAACAGGAGAUGCAGGGGGAAUGCUAUAUCGCUGUCGCUGGUGUGAAAAAGGGUAUUGCGAGGACUGUCUGGACUGGGAGAAGACUGACCUCCUCGGAGAAAGCCUCAAGGAAUACGAGAUACUCGGGUUCCCAAGCAUCGUACAGGCUUACUACGUCAAGUGUCCUGACUGCACGGAACACCAUAGUGAAAGCAGCGAAGCUCGUACCUUUUGUGCGGAUAGAUCCCAAGAGAUUGAUGAUGAAUAUGAGGAGCUUCUCAACCACCAGGAACUCCUAGCAGCUGCAACAGAAGUGGCCGGACCCCAGAUUGCAGGCUCAGAUGGACCAGACAGCCCGGGAUCGUUGACGGAAGGACCGACCCUAGACAGCUCGGGCAUCAGCACUCCAGGUCUCGCCCCAAAGGUGUCUGCUGAAUCAACAAGCAAGAAGCGGAAAAUGCACAUUGGGCUCACACGUGGCGACCGAAAUCCAAAGAAGCGCCUGUCAAAUCCUGCCUCUCGACUUAAGAUAGCCAACGUUGAGCCCUGA